AUAGAUGCUGCCUACAAAGUGAUUUGCUUUUCGUUGUGUUUUUUUUCAUUGAUGUAUGAUUUUUGUCUUUGUUAAACUUCAUAACCGUCUCAAAAGCUGUCUAGAGAACUCAUGCGGACAGUUUUUAAAACUGAUAUGUCAAGUGUUCUUAAUAUAUAUAUAUAGCUUUUCUUUGGCAUUAUAUAUAUAGCUUCAACUGCAUAUUUGGUUACGUCUAGUUCUUUUUGCAUAUGCUUGUUAUAAGUAUAUGAACUGGCAGGCUCAACAGUAUAAUCCAUCUAUAUUAGAUGUAUUAAUCUGUCCUUUCGCAUAUGUUUGAUGAAUAACCAAUUCAUAGUGUUUUAUCAUAACUUUGUUUUUUACUCAGGACCUCCAAAAGGUGAGAGCAAUUAUGAAGAACCUAUGGAGUUUGAUCCAAUUGGCCAUCACAACCAGUUCUGCCCCUGGGUCAAUGGGAAUGUUGCUGCUGCUGGCAGUAGUAGCUUUGGCUCCGACACCAGUGCGGAUGUUGUUGCUCUUUGUGGAUGGCAGCUGACCUUAGAUGCCCUUGAUGCUUUGCGUUCCCUGGGGCAUGUUGGAAUUCAGACAUUAGAGUCUGAGUCAGCAGCAUCGCAAUACAAGGAUGAUCACCGGAAUCCUGGCAAGAAACUCCUUCGACACCAUUCUAUGAGUCGAAGCCAUGGGCAACAUUGAGAUGGAUGGGGUACUUCCACUUACUAGAUCAGAAACCUCAUUUGAAGUUGAAAGGAAAUUCAAAAGCGAGCUUCACUAUUUGCAACUGGAGCUGGUGCUGGGUUGAGUACUGGCAGUCCCCUUCCCAUUUUAUUGUGCUGUAGUAUUUCUUAAAAUUCUUGGAUUCUUAGAUGCAUUUUCAUGCAGAGGCGUUAACUUCCCAUUUUAAUUUUUCCCCCUAUUUAAGACUUCUACCUGUUAUCUAGGAAGUUGUCUGAGAGAUGAACUUAUGUUAUCGAAUAUGUAUGAACAAUUUAAGUUCCUUGCAACUCACUCUAAUGUUAUUGUAAACAGUGAUAUGUGAGGUGCGAUCUCGUUUUGUCCGUGGAUUUUACUGUACAUGGGAUGUGAAUUUAUAUCAUUGUGCCUGAUUUAUGCUAGGCCAAUUAUAUAUUUGUUCCUUUAGACUCCUUUUACAGUUCAAUCAAAAUCUAUAUUCAUGAU